AUGAGUACAACCGCACAAACAAACGAUUCCACAAGCUGCUUCUCCACUGCUGCUGCUCUCGCCUUUAUUGCUACUUCGUUCUUCCUCGUUUGCUUCGUCCCCGCGGCGACAACAUCCACCACCAAGUCGUCCACUCCGCGUGAACGCAUCCACGCUCCAAUCUCAUCUGUUCGCGGCCGCCUACGCUUCCUCCGCCUCCAGCGCCAUGAUGAAGGACAAGAUGAAGGGUUUCAUGAAGAAGAUCACCUCCUCCGGCUCUGGGACCCCGUCCUCAUUCAAGGGCACCUCCCACGUCCUCGGCUCCGGCCCCUCCCCCUCCUCCUCCUCCUCCCACCCCGCUUCCCGCCCCUCAGACCCUAGCGCAAACCCCAAGCCUGCCCCUAAGCGGCCCUCGCCACCUCCCCCGCCCACUUCAACCACCGAUUUCACCCCGUACACGCCCCUCGUCUCCUCCUCCUCCUCCUCCUCCCGCCGCUCCGUCGCGAAUGGCACCGCGGCCGCCGCCACUAUCGCGUGCCCCAGCUGCGAAGACGCGUUCCCUUCCGAGCUUGCCGUCACCGAGCACCUCGACGGCUGCCUCGCGUCCGCGGGGGGCGCCCGCGCGCGCGCCGCCGCGUACCUCGCUGCCGACCCACCCCCGCCGCCCGCUGCCGUUGAAGUGGUCAAACGCCUGCUGGGCAACCUGCUCCGGGAGCCCAGCAACGACAAGUUCAGGCGGGUGAGGCUGGGCAACCCGCGGAUCAAGGAGGCCGUGGCGGACAGAGAAGGCGGCGCGGAGCUCCUGGAGGCCGUCGGGUUCAGGGUCGGGGAUGAGGGCGGGGAGCCCUUCGCCGUGAUGGACGAAGUGCCCAGCGACGCCAGGCUCAACGGUAUCAGGAGGGCCCUCCUCCUGCUCGAGGGGGCACACUCCUCUGCGGCUCCAGGGAAGGUGGAGGCUGAGGCCAAGGAGAGUUGCAGCAAUGUGCCUGAUGUGCUGCAGGACGGUGCUAUGACAAUUGAUCGGCAGAUUCGAGUAUUUGUCUCUGUUCCCGGGAGUUCUGUGCCACAAAAUGAUGUACCAGAUUCCUUUUACAAGCUUAGUGGUGAGGAGAUAAGGAAUGAAGCAAAGAUGAGGAGGGAAAGGUUAGAACAAUCUAGGUUGCUGAUACCAAAGUCUUACAAGGAGAAGCACGCAUUGGCUGCUCGACAGAAGUAUAAACAAGCAGUCAUACGAGUUCAGUUUCCAGAUAGAAUGAUUCUUCAGGGCAUAUUCCUACCAGGGGAGGCCACCGGUUCGCUGUAUGAGUUCGUCACAUCUGCUCUGAAGCAACAAGGUUUGGAAUUCGAACUCAUCUCUCCAGCCAUUCCUAAGCCACGUGUGGUGCCACAUUUUCCAAACCCGGGAGAGCGGGCACGCACCCUACAAGAGGAGGACCUAGUCCCUUCCGCGCUCCUCAAGUUCAUUCCCAAGGAGACUGAUUCCGUGGUUUUCACCGGUUUGCUUGAUGAGCUUCUCGAGGCCAGUGAGCCGCUACCUGCUGCAUCACAAUGAACCUUAAACCGUUUGAGUUGCAGUUCAUUGGUAGGCUGCUGGGUUUUUUUUUUUUGAACCAUAUAGACGAUUUCGUUUUUUUCCCUACCGAGCUUCUCUUGAUACAAACUAUUGUGCAAUUAGGCAUCCCAUUUAAUCAUAACGCAAUUGAACUACCCAAAUUCAUGAAAAAUUCUUUUAAAAAUAAAAUUUUAGAUGAAUUUUAUUAUUUA